GCCCUGUCUCUCUCUCUCUCUCAGUCUCUCUUAAUUAGUUAAUUAUUUCUCUCUCAAAAACUUGUAAAUUGUAAAUAGAGAAUAAAAUCAAUCAAAGUGAAGAUGAGUCAAAGUCCGGCAAAUGAAGAGCGUCCAUUAAUUUAUGAUCAAGGGAGGAUGAGAAGCCUUGUUGAUCUUCUGAUGAUUGAGAAAAUGGAGGGUGUAGAUGAUAGGACGAUGAUGAGACAAGAAGGAGGCAAUAAUAUGAGCAGGUGGAAGAUUAUAAGGGAAAGGCUAGGGUUGAAUCAUGGCAAUGGCAAUGGCAUUAGUUGUUGCGGUAUAGCUGGGUGGCGCUACGAGAAUUCAUCAAUGGAAAACAGCGUUGAAGAAAGUGCAGGGACGACACGUGAGGUGGAGGUUCAAGUAGGGACGAAUUUGGGAGCUGCGUUGGAAGUGGAGAGGCAAUUCCGUUUCCGUGCGACAGAGAAUAGAAAUAGCGGUACUAGGGUGUCGCCACCGUUGAGGGUGUCGUUGAUGAGAUUAUUGGAGGAAACAGAGACAGAGACAGAGACAGAGACAGGUGGUGGUGAUGGAAUAAGAUCAAAGGAGGAUGAAGGGAGUAGUGAUAGUGUGUGCUGCGUGUGCAUGGAAAGGAAGAAAGGAGGUGCGUUAAUACCAUGUGGUCAUACGUAUUGUAGGUUGUGUUGUAGGGAUUUAUGUAUUAACCGAGGUUCAUGUCCCCUCUGCAACCGUCGCAUCCUCGACAUCCUCCACAUCUUCUAAUUAAUUAUACCAUUUAAAUCAUAUAGGAACCAAUGUGUUAAUGUUGGACUUUAUUACUGUCACUUCUUUUUUCCUUUUUGUUGCUCCAACCCAUUUAAUUUCCCAUUUCGCAUUUGUAUUGUGAGUUGUCAAUCAUGUGUGACUUUGUGAAAUACUACAAUUUUACAGAUCA